CCGGUGGGAGCCGGGACCGAACUGGGACCGAACUGGGACCGAUCUGGGACCGAUCUGGGUUUGACGCUGGUGCUGAUCCCGGUGCAUUCCCGGUGCCGUUCCCGGCCAUGCCGCUGCCGUGGCUCUCCAGUCCCGCCUGGCCAAGCGGGGGCUGCUCAAGCACGUGGAGCCCGAGCCCGAGGAGGAGAUCAUCGCUGAGGAUUACGACGACGCCCACGUGGAUUACGAGGCCUCGCGGCUCGAGGGGCUGAUGCCGCCCUGGUACAAAGUCAUCGACCCCACCUGCGGGCUGCCCUAUUACUGGAACGUGGACACGGACCUGGUGUCGUGGCUGUCCCCGAGCGACCCCAACUCCGUCAUCACCAAACCCGCCCGGAGAGCGCGGGGGGCUGCAGAGGCCGAGGAGCCCCCCGAGAAGGAGGAGGCGCCGCGGGAGCGCCGGGGGCACCGGCGGGAGGAGCUGGCUCCCUACCCCAAGGGCAAGAAAG